AUGGCUAAAUGGAUAGAUAACAGCUCAUUUUCGCAUGCGGCAAAUAAUCGAACUGGUCCCUUCAAACUCAAUAAUGGUCCACUUCAGUUUAGAUUCGAUGCCGCGUCACACAUCAACGGUUGGUGGUGUGUGCGUAUGUUUGAGUUGACUCCUGGAUGGGACAAUAACUAUUUGUGCACCAAUCGUGACAUCGGCCUAUCCUGGGGGUAUCGCCCUACAGAUUGUCCAACUUCUGCAAAAUGUGUCGUUUUAUCGGAGCCGACCUAUGCACCAGAGCCAUGGCUUUGGGCUGACAACAUUCUUUGUUUACCAACGCAAUCAAACAUCGAACUGGUGUGGUCUUAUUGUGGCGCAGUGACUGGUUUACCUUGUGUUCAUCUAUAUGAUCCAGUCUCGCCAGUUGCAUUUCUUGAUAACUACAUAUGUUGGAAAGAGCAUUAG